AUGGAAAAUGGGUCGGGAUUCUACAGCUUCCAGCAAGAUAUCAAUGAUGGACCGUUGUGCAUCGGAAACGAUCCCAUAAUGGGCCGAUUUUCACAAUUUAAAAUGGAAAAGAAUCGUCAUAAGUGGGUUGUUCGCGGAACUUCUUCGUGA